CGGUAGAAUGAAAUCGGGUGUUGAUUUACCUGAUGAGGUUUGUGAACACACACAAACCUCAUCAGGUAGAUCAACACAGGGGGGUGUGGGUUAGUGAGCACGUGAGUAUGUGAAGUGAUAAAGCAGAAAGUGAGGACAUCAAGUUGUUUAUAUAAUCAGAAUGAUGUCAAAUACUUAUACAGAAGUAAUGGAAGGAGGAGGUCCCAUGAGGGGAAACCAGGAACCGAAGAAAACAGGAGUGCAGCCAGAACUGAGACGGAGGGAGGUGGGGAUUCAGGCCAGUUUCAGGGAGGAAUGCCAUCCAUUCAUGACUGAGUAGGACUUGGACAAAUAACUGAAUGGUGGGAUGAAACUAAAGCAUCUUUGUUGUUUGAUCCGCAGUCCUGGCAGAAACAGGAUGCUGAACAGAGUCUCCACUCUGGUCCUGAAAAGAGGAAUUUCUACACUUCACCAUGACAGCCUCUUCAGGGUUCACCCAUCCGUGUCUCAGGCUCUGGCGGAGAAUGCACCAGUGGUGGCCUUGGAGAGCACCAUCAUCACUCAUGGGAUGCCCUACCCUCACAACCUCAGCACGGCGAAGGAGGUGGAGGCGAUAGUCCGCUCCCACAAUGCGACGCCUGCAACUGUUGGAGUCAUUGAUGGAAAAGUCCAUGUUGGUCUGUCCUCUGAGGAGCUGGACUAUCUGUCAAGAAGCAGCAGCUCCCUCAAAGUGUCCCGGCGUGAUCUGCCCUACGUCAUCAGCAAAGGUCUGUCAGGGGGCACCACAGUGUCAGCAACCAUGAUUGCAGCCCACAGAGCUGGCAUCCCAGUGUUUGUCACUGGAGGCAUUGGAGGUGUGCACAGAGAUGGAGAGAACAGUCUGGAUAUCAGUGCUGACCUGACGGAACUGGGCCGGACCCCCAUCGCAGUGGUCUCUGCUGGAGUCAAGUCGAUCCUGGACAUCGCUCGCACCCUGGAGUUCCUCGAGACUCAAGGCGUCUGCGUUGCCACUUACGGGCCCUCGAAGAACUUCCCAGCUUUCUUUUCAACACAGAGCGGCCUCUCUUCCCCGUAUCAAGUCUGCAACCCAGAGGAGGCUGCUGAUCUCAUCGCAAGUGCCCUCUCACUUGGUCUCCAGAGUGGCGUCCUGUUGGCCGUGCCCAUCCCCGAGGAGCACGCAGCAGCAGGACAGCAGAUAGAGGUCGCCAUACAGACGGCAGUGAAAGAAGCAAGCAUGAAAGGCAUCACAGGAAAAGAUGUGACCCCAUUCAUUCUUCAAAAGGUCAAUGAGCUGACAAAAGGAAAGUCCCUUGAGGCCAAUAUUGCUCUGAUUCAUAACAACGCUAAGGUGGGCAGUCAGAUCGCGUGUGCGCUGUCAGCAAGGAUGAAGAGGAGGAAAAUUACCAUCUGCAGUGACCAUAAACCAAAACCAUCUCAGUCAGACAUUGUGAGUAUGAACCCUUUUCUGUUGCUUCAUGUCGUGACAUGGUGUAUUCGAACAUGUCCUCCUCUGAUUCAGGUUGUGAUAGGUGGAAUUAAUGUGGACUUUAUUGCCAAAGGCAAAACUAAAACACUUCAAUUUGGACAGACCAACCCUGGCAGUGUGUGUCAGUCUUUCGGUGGUGUCGGACGGAACAUCGCUGAUUCCCUCAGUCGCAUGGGUCAUCAGCCUUUAUUCAUUUCAGCGACUGGCGCUGAUGAACACAGCGAAGCCGUGUUCAGCCACUGCAAACACAUGAACACGAGUGGAAUUGUGAAGCUGGAGCAGCAGAGCACAGCUACCUACUGUGCCGUCAUCACUGAGAGUGGAGAACUGAGUCUGGGACUUGGUGACAUGGACAUUCAUCAGAGAAUCACAGAGGAUUAUGUGUCCAAAUUCGAGAACCAGCUUUCCUCUGCUACUCUUGUCUGUCUGGAUGGAAAUAUUCCCACCUCCACCAUCAACUAUGUUUGCAAGAUCGCUAAAAAACAUGGUGUAAACAUUUGGUACGAGCCUACGGAUUCAGAGAAGGCCUGUAAACCUUUUCUCUCGGAAGCCUGGAAGUCACUGUCGUAUUCAUCUCCAAAUCUGGCAGAACUGUGCACCAUGAAUAGAACGCUGGGCUUACGGACCCCUGAAGUGCUGCCAAGCUCCUUAGAAGAAGUACUGAAUGUUGCCAUGACCCUCUCACGCCCCCUGCUGGAACAUCUUCACUGUCUGGUGGUGACCCUGGGGCAUUUGGGGGUGUUGGUGAGUGGAGAGCAUGAAGCAGGAUCUGUCAACCUAACACCCAGACAGAAGAAGACGAAGAGGAAGUUGUGCGCUCUCCACUAUCCAGCCCUGGCAGUAACGUCCGAAGAGACAAUGAACGUGUCAGGAGCAGGAGACAGCUUUGCAGGGGCCAUGAUGGCAGGGAUGAUCCAGCGGCGAGACACCCACACUUGUGUUCGGAUGGGACUUUUAGCUGCAAGGCUGUCACUGGCUUCACCGCAUCCCAUCGCACCCACCAUGACUUUAGAUGCUGUGGAUCCAAACCUUGUCCACGGUCCUAACUGGCCCAUGCCCACCUUCUUUUGGCUUGAUUGAGUUCUAAAAUGUGAUGUAUAAUGUACAUGAAGGACUAGUAAUGUCAUUAGAUAAACAUCUUUAAGUUUGAAAGCUUCAGCUAGCUUGGUGUGUCAGGAGGUACUGUAUUCAUGGAUAUAAACACUGCUCAAAAAGGAAAAUCCAGAAUCAACUCUUAUUCUUUCCUUCAGCAGUUUUUUUUUUGUUUGUCUUUUACUUUUAUUUCUGACUAUCUGAAACAGUAGACAAUGAAUGUAUGUCUGGAUUUUAAUUUCUGCAUUCCAGUAAAAUUCACAUAUGAGUGGAUUCCCUAUUCUGUCAUGAUGAUAUGACUGAGCAUCCUUUGCAGCUAAAUGUCCAACACUAGAGCAUGAGUAGCAUCCGUGAACACACUGCAGUUCCUGAACAAAAUGGACUACAGUAUAUUAAAGCUCAACUAUACCCUGGAGGAAAGACGACAGUGUAAUAGUGGAAAGAUAUAUGGGAAAUAAACGGAUAAUAGAUUUCCAUUCAAACCUCUUUAUUUUUCUGUAUUAAUUUCCACAAUGUAUUUACACUUUUCAUUUCUAUUUAUAUGUCCACAUUGGUUUCCUCAUCUCAGAAUCCCUGGUAUUCCCUUAUCAUCCUGUUUUUGUGUAAUGGAUUCAGAUGGAAUCAUAUUUUCUGUGAGAGUCUAUUUUCUGACAGCAGCGUGACUUCCAAAUGUCGCACGACACAUUUACUAAUGAUAUUUCUCUGUCGAAUUAGAGACCCCUAGUGGUGAUUAUGAAUAUUGCAGUUACGUGUACAGUAUAUAAUUGUAUAAAUAAUUCUCUUUAAUAACUUCCAUUCACUUCGUCUGCAGAUCUUGUUGAGUUUUUGUCUGUUUGCACUGAAAU